AUAAUGCACAAAGAAUGUCCGGUUAAAUUCCAAGGAGAAUGUAAAGACAACUAAGUUAGAACAUACAUCAUCUUAUCUUUUUAUUUGCAAAAAAGAAGAAUGUGCGAAAGCAUGCAACUAUACUUUGCUUUCCUAAGAAUAGGUCUUUACACUUUUUUUAGAAGAAUAUGUGGGAAGGCCCCUGCAGCCCCUAAACCAACCUUCUCUGUGUUAUGUCUUGGUUUAGCUAACUCUGGGAAGAGUACAAUACUCACCUUACUCAGUGGAGAAAAUGCAGAUGGUAUUAGGCCAACAGUAGGUUUCAGUAUCAAAGCUUUAAUGUUUGGAGACUGCUUUGUAGAUGUCAAAGAACUUGGAGGUAGUGACAAUGUUAGAAUGUACUGGAACAAGUAUUUUUGUGGAGCUCAGGCAGUAAUAUUUGUAAUAGAUAGUGCUAGUAGUGAAGAGAGUAUGAAAACUGCUAAUGCAGAACUACACAAAGCCUUAGCAGACCCCGAGUUGGAUGGUCUCCCUUUGUUAGUGCUGGGCAAUCAACAAGAUAAAGAGGGCGCCAGAAGUAAAGAACAGAUAACAAAAGAAUUGGAGCUUGGGUUACAAUCAACUGCUCGUAAGUGGAUAAUUCAUACUUGUUCAAUGAAAAAUAAAGAGGAAAUCAUGGCAGCUUUUCAAGAUUUCAACAAACUACUUUUAGAAAUGAAAGAAAAAGAAGAAAGAGAAGAUAAGACAGAAGAACAAGAUGGAGAAUUCAGCAAGAUUUGAUUUGACCCAAUCAUUUUAAACUUUUUAUUCUGUACUUUGUUGAACCUUUAAUUAUACACCUUAAUCCUAAUUAUAAUUUGCAAUCAACGAUAAAAAACUAAUUUGGUUACACUCUUUAAAUAAAAAAAAUUGUUGUUUUUCUUAUUAUUAUUAACAGUUUUUUCUUAUUAUUAUAAACAGUUUUUAUGGUUAAAUAGAAACCACAUUUUGGCUUUAUGUACAGUUUAUUUUGGUUUUACAAAUACAGGUUCCACUCUCUUGUUUUAAAGGAAAUAAAAAUAAAACCCUUGCCUGUGAAAAGUGCUUAUCCAUUUUGACAGAAUAAAUUAACAUGAGAGAAGGUUUAAAAUAUAAUAUAAUUGUUAAGUAAAUUGAAGUUAUUGUUUUUUGUUUAUCAACACAAAUGAUUAUUAUGGAUAAUGAGUAAAACAUUGCUUUAAAUCCUAAGUUGCCGUCCAAGUUUAUUUAUAUUUUUUUAUAUCUCAGAGGAUCAUAUCUCAUGUUUUUACAUUACACAUUUCAAUUAUAUUUAUUUUGAUAUUCCAUUCAUCAUUCAACAUAUACUUGUGUAAUUUUUAAAGGCUUAAUAUCAUGCAUUUCAUUGCAUUCAGGGAGCUUUAGUAGAUAGUGAUAGUACAAAACUGCUGUCAUAUUUUUAUAUCAGUCAAUAAUAACGUUACAAAGAUGUUUCAUAAGAUCAUGUAAUUUGAUUGAUAGAAAUCAAUCUUGAGGCUUUCCAAAAUUAUGUUUCUUUCCAAUAAAAUCCUACUUCUAUGACUGCACAUGCCCUCCAUGAUAAUUUUUCACCAAUGCAUAGGAAAAAACAGCAAAAAGCUUGAUUUAACUUGUCAAUUUCAUGGUUAUAGCAUAAAAAUGUAAUUUUAAAUUUGAAUGCUCCCUUUGUAAUAUGAUAGAGUUUUUAUAGCAUUGAUUGUGCUCAUUGAUAGUAUGUCCAUUUCAAUGCUUUAUUUCAUUCAGAUAUAAAAGUACUUAUAUAAAUUGUCAAGUAUUCAUUAAAGUAAUAGUCAGUUAUUGCAAAUUCAAAUUUUCCACCCAUCAAGUUUACUAAUGCCUUAUACAGGAAUAUUAUUAUUAAAUAUUUUGUACCCUGGCAGCUGAUUAUAAGUUAAUAUAGUAUGACUUAUUAAUACAUGUUUUAUGAUUGUCUUAAUUGUAUAAAGAUUAGUUUUGUGUAACUUUAUAAUGAGUAAUGUUAUAAUUUCAAGGAACCUGCUUUAAAGUUUUUUUUCAUAUCAAUACAAAUGGAGAACUCCUGUAAAGAAUUUGUUGGAGAAUUUCUUUGAUGAAUGUCUUUAGUUUAUAAAAUAUAUUUAUCUACUAACAUACUUUAAAAAAAGGUGAAUGGUGAUUUGUUAGAAUAAGUCUUAUUAUAUAGAAGUUUAUGAUAUUGAACUAGUUUUAGUCCUUUGACAUGAUGACCAAAGACCUUAUUUAACAGAAGGUUCUGUAAGUAUGGCUUGCUUGUAGGAAAAUCUUCAAAUAGACAAAUAUAUUUGCAAAAAUUGAUAUGCGAAAAUAGUCCCCACAAUUUACUUCUUUAUUUAAGUAUGUAGGUGUUUUCCCCACAUGACUCAGAUGAUCAAACAUUCCACAUGCAUCCAAAAAUUAAACAACUGAUAACUUUGUAAUCAAAUAAAGUAAAAUGUAAAGUUUAAGUUGUCAUUUGUAUUUUCAUAUAAAUAGUUUAAUAAUUAUUUUUACUGGCAUUGACGUGCAAACCCUUCUAUCAUAUAUGAAACCCCAUAAGAAUGAUUGGAAGGGUAACAGAUUGUCUGAUAUUAAUAGAUGUCUUUACAUGGAGGAUACUUGGGAUUUACAUGUUACUGUAUGGUAUAUUAUGGUUUGUUAUUAAAACAGGAGAAUUGAAAAAAAAAUGCUUAGAAAGUAGAUCUGAAUUUUUUGUUUGUGGUGUUUAAACUGAAUGUAAAAUGUGUUAGAGAUUAGAAUUGAAUUUUAGUUUUAUUAUACUAAAUAGAAAGUAUAGAUUUAUUUGAAAUUCAUUAGAAAAUAAAAGUUGUAAUAAAUGUUUAAA